AUGCCUCUGAAUUGCAACAUCAAAAGAGUUGAGGAGCUGAUCAGUGGAUAUAGAUGGAGAAAACCACUAGUAUUUAGGACCUUUAACCGCAAGGAUGCAGAGGAAAUUCUGGAGAUUCCUAUUAGCAUCUCAGGAAAGGAUGAUAGCAAUUACUGGGUACAUAGUGCUAAUGGCAUAUACACGGUCAACUCAAGAUACAAGGUACUAUGUAGAGGAACAACUCAACAAAAAGGAAGAAGAGAGAAUGAGGCAGAAACUAGUAUAGCAAGUUCCUAUGAAAAGCAAUGGAAGUGGAUGUGGAGGCUGAACAUUAAGAGCAAGAUAAAACAUUUCAUUUGGAAGUGCCUACAUGGCCUGCUACCAGUUAAUGGCCUGGUGUUUAAAAGAACACACAAGGGUGAUCCAAUCUGUGAUGGUUGUGGAGAACAGGAAGAGUCAAUUGAACACAUGAUAGAUGGAAGGGAGCAUAUAGAGCUCACAAUGAACAUUCUCUGGCAGCUCUGGAAAAGGAGAAAUGAAUGGAAGUUCAAUGCCAAACAAAGGCACCCUUGGCAAACAGUCCAAAAUGCUCAACAGGAAUGGCAAGAACAAGCAACUGACCAGAGCAAGCAGAAAAUGACCCUUGAGGAUGCUGAAAGAGAUGAAGUGGAAGUAGAUCCAGAGGAGGCAGGAAGGAAUGAAAGUCAGAUCAGAAUAUCAACUAAAGUGCAAGAACAAUCCAACAGAGUUGGCAUGGGGUUUAUCGCAUCUAAUUUCAACAAUCAGUUGGUGGCUGCAUGGGCACUUAUUGAUAAGAAAAUAGGGAAUCAGAUGCAGUCUACUGCAGAAGCUGUGAAAAUGGCCAUCAUAAAGGCUAGACAACAGCAAUGGAAGGAAAUUAUAGUCCACAUCCCCAACUCCCAGCUACUGAAGAUGAUAACGGAAAGGAUGGAUAAGGACAUCAAAAUGGCUACUGUGAUAGAUGAUAUUAACGACCUCAGGUCCUUAUUUUAG